AUGACUAGCGAAAAGGCACAACAAAAGGCUACUGAAGAUGGUGGUGCUGAGGCUGGUCCAAGCGUUUCUAAAGAACAGACAAUCUUGCAAAUGCAACAAGAAAAUGAGGGUUCAGAUGAAGAAUAUAUAUCAGAAAACGAACAGAUAAUUGAUUCAAAUGAUGCUUCGACAUUGACUAGUGCAUUGGACUUGAAUAUGUCUAAUGCGGAUCAACAUAUAUGGCUGGUUAGGCUACCUAGAUUUUUAGUUGAGAAAUGGAAACAGAAGGAGUUUUAUCAAGGACAAGAAUUGGGUCGUAUUAAGAUUAAAAAGGACUCAAAACUUGCUGAUGUUAAGCUAGAGUUGAAUAAUGAUCCAAGUACGGAGGAUAUCCCACAUAAUUAUGAUAUUAAUAUGCUUAGAUCUGCUGUGGAGAACCAAUAUGUGUUCACCGAACAAAACUUGGACAACUUCAAUAAGAAUGGCAAUGGGGAUACAAAGAAAGAAGACGAUUCAGAUGAAGAUAUAAUUAAGACACCUGCCCCUACUACAGCUGAUGGCUCUAAUUCAAAUGCAAAUACAACACCAGCUGCAGCCGCAGCUCCAAAACCAGAAUUAACCAGAAGAGAAGCUGCUUUCUUAAGAAGACGCAGAAGAUUUAAUAGAUUUAAGAAUCAAGAUGGUACAGAUAAAGUUAUUCCAUUUGUAAAGACAAUCCCUAAAAAAACAGCAUUGAGAGGUACAAUUGAUCAUGAAUGUCAAGUAAAUCCAUUAAUAUCAGAUCCAAACUAUUCCAAAAUCAUUGCAAGACGUAAGAAUCUAGUCAAAGAAGAACCAAGACCAAGUGUUACGUUGCUGAAUGAAAUUCCUGGUGUCACUUUGAGUAAUGCUGGUUUGACGUUGAAAUCAGAUACUUCAAAGUUCUUAAAGUCAUCAACUUCAACAAAGAACAAAGGGGAGGGAAGAGCCAUUCGUAUGCCCCAGAAAGACUUGUUCGAUUUAUUGUUCAAAUUAUUUGAUGAAUAUGAUUAUUGGAGUUUGAAAGGUUUAAAAGAACGCACAAAGCAACCAGAAGUUUAUUUAAAGGAGACAUUAGAACAAAUUGCACAAUUAAUUAAAAAAGGGCCAUAUGCUCUUAAAUAUGCAUUGAAGAGAGAGUUCAAGGAAUUGAAAGACCAAGAAAGAGCUGAAAGAUUAGGGGAAUUGAGUAAGGAUAACGAAGAUGAAGAUGAAGAUGAUAACGAGGAAGAUGUUGAAAUGGAGGAUGUCAAUAUGUAA